AUGGCACAGCGAUUACAGGAACUCUGCGCCCUGCUGGUCGAAGACACCUGCGGCUACCUCUGCUCUCAAAUCUUCACCACCCUCGCCGAGAAUGGACGACUCUCUCGAUUCCAGAUCCAGCAACACACCCACAUCCCCGCCCGCCAACUUCGCACCGCCCUGGCUGUCCUCGCCCAGCUUCACCUCCUCCAUCACUACACCGGCGACGAGGGCCUCACCUUCUACUCCGUCGACUGGCGCAACUCCUACUACCUCACCCGAUCCAACCGCAUCAUCUCUCUCGCCGAGGACCGAUAUGGCGAAGGCGCCGGCAAGAUCAUGGCUAACCUUCUCCAGCUGGGCCACGCUCGAGUUGGCGACCUAGCCCAAGCCUUCGACUUCACCACCACCAAACCCAACAAUGAGGACGAUCCUUGUCGCGAGCAUGUGAACGCAGAAGGCGGGGCUAAGACCAAUGGAGCAGGCGCAAACCAUGUGCGAAAGGCACCAGACACCAAGAUCAAUACUGUCGGCCAGUUCCAUGCCACCCUACGCAAGUUGCUGAAAGCCGGCCUCUUGACCAAGGUCAACAAGAGAAUCUACACUCCAGCCGCCGACCUGGACGCAGAGAUCGAAGAGGCCGUCAUCAGCGACAGGUUCCCAGACGGCAAGAUCAACGGCCCCAGAAAACAAGCCGAGUUCAAGACUGCGGUCAACAGCCUCAAGCGCAAGUGGCGAGACAACGACGAAUUCACCGAUCGAGACCUCGAGUCCAAGGGCACCAUCCGAAGACCAGGCGAGCCGCCGGGGAAGCGUGCCAGGGUCAAUGGAGGCCUGACCAACGGCGCAGGCCACGACGACCACAUCGAGGAGAACGCCCCAAAGCUUCCGAAUGAAAUGGUCUUGAAAGUUAACUACGCACAAUUCGUCCUAGCAUUUCGCACCGAUCGGCUCGAGCAACUCGCAGAGUCAUACCUGGGCCCAGUCACAGCUGCUGUGUAUGGCGCGUUGCUGCAGGCACUCGAAGGCAAGGUGCGCGCCAGGGAUGGUGACAUCCAAGCCGAUGAAGGAUCGGAUGACGAAGAAGACGACCUCCCCGUUGCCUCCACCAUCGAGGUUGCCGACCUGCUGGACCCGACCGUCGACUUGACUCUUGGCAUUCAGGGGAUGUCGGACACACACCAGCUUCCAAACGGCGAUACGAAAGGCAAGAAGAAGGCCAAAGUCACCGACAACGAAUCUGCGGGUAUCAAGCGCGAGCACUCGGAUGACGAGAGCGAACACCAUCCCAACGGCUACAUUUCAUACGAAAGCCGCAACAAGCGCCUCAACCUGGUUGAAGACCACCUGAAACUACUCGAAGAGCACUCAAAAGGCUUCUGCAAACGGGUUGGAGGUGCCGGCCAUGGCGAGUGGCGGGUGUACUUUUCAGCACUCACCGACACACUUGUCCAGACCACGGUCGAUGCCACCAUCUUGGCUCGAUUCGGCAGGACGCACGCCUUGUUGGUGCGCAUGCUCCGCGAGAAAGGACGGCUGGCAGAGAAAGAGAUUGGUGCUCUGACAUUGAUGCGCGCAAAAGACGUGCGCUCUAUCCUGACCGAGCUGCAGUACGCUGGCAUCAUCGAGGCUCAAGAAGUCCCCAAGGAUACCUCACGGCAGCCCACACGAACACUAUACCUCUACUUCCACGACCAGAAGCGAGUACAAAGCUUGCUACUCCAACAGACAUACCAAGGCAUGUCAAGAAUGCUACAGCGUCUGAAACAAGAACGAGAAAACUACAAGAACGCCAUCGAAAAGGCCGAGAUGAUGGACGUCAAGCAAGAAGAGCUCAAUUCGAACGAGCGAGAUGCCGUAAUGCAGUGGCGAGAGGUGGAAGAAAAGCUUGUGAUUCAAAUCCAGCGGAUGGACGAACAGGUGGCGCUUUUGCGGGACUAUUCUGGAAAGGACAGCUCUCUGGUUUCAUGA